GCGUCGCUGGCAACAUGGUGCACCAAGCUCGAGGAAGAGCGAGAGUACAUUUUGCGCCAAUGGUUUUUGUCGCAAGCGAGUGCACCGGCCAAGAAGAAGGCAAAUGAUAGCGCAUCUCACUUGUAG